UUAGGUAUACAAUCCCGGCAACUGAAGCUCUGAAAACAAAAAGUGCCGACGCUACUUCUUAGUUCUAAAAGUUCACAUUCAGUAUCGAAAAGAAAUGGUGAAUUGAUUUCGGUCUGUAAAUUCGGAGGAGCAUUCUAAGCUUCUCUGUAACUUUUGUUUCUUCGUUAAUAUGGCCUUCAGAAUACAACGUUUCAGGGAAAUUUCUAAGUUUCUGCCUCGAUACUUCCACUCAGGUCUUUCCUGUCAGCGGUAUAGACAGCAUAUUAUCUUUCCUGCGGCCCCAUUUAUGCUUCCCUUACCUCAUAUUUGGUUUGGUACCAAUGAAAGCAUAUUGAACAGACCAUGUCAUGUCCACAGUUACAUCUCAGGUUUUCAACAGUCUCAGAAAUGACACAAGUGUCCCCUUCUGAAGCAGAUCCUUUAAUAUUCCUUGAAUCUACCCUUGAUGAGCUUGAAGAAUCUACAGGCCCUUACCAUUGUUGGCUCAAUAAAUGUGAGGGGAAAAAGGAGUUUGAUAGAGAUGGGGUCUUCUUAGUUCUAGUUGAUGCCUUCCUCGAGGAUUCUUUGUUAUUGGAUACUGACCGUGCCAUUAUGUUUGAAAGAGUGAAAUUGCUUCAGCAGAGGUAUAAAGAGCUCCAUAUUUUUGGUUUUCAGUCUUGCAGUUCAAUUUGUUCAUCUGCUACUCAAGCUCGUCUAUUCCAGACUAUUAUGAAAGAGUAUAUCACGUUUCCCAUCUUAUUGUCUAGCAAGAAUCUUACUGAGAUGACAAUGACAAGUGGAGAAUGCUACGUUUUAUUUAAAGGUUUUAGGAAUCCUCUAUAUUAUCAUAAAAAGAGUACAGAUCAUGGAAUAAUUAGCAAAGCAAUUGAGGAAUUAUUGCUGAAGAAUGAGGACACGGCAAUUGUCCAGAACUUUAAAAGCUCUCUAAUGAAGCCAUCUGGGGUCAUUAAGGAACCAAACUUCUGUUCUUCUUUGCGAAACUUUUUCCUAUACUUUCCAGGCUGCAUAUCUGUAGAUGAAAAUGGAAACCGCUUGUUUCUCUCAGACAUCAAUCAUCAUAGAAUUAUCAUAUUUGAUGCCGAUGGGAAAAUCUUAGAUUGUAUUGGUUCUUCCCCAGGUUUUGAGGAUGGUGAAUUUGAAGAUGCCAAGUUGUUGCGUCCUGCAGCCUCCUCUUAUAUGGCCGCUGAGGAUUGCCUGUAUUUUGUGGACUCAGAGAACCAUUCUGUCAGAAGAGCUGAUUUGGUGGGGCGGAUUGUUGAGACAGUUUAUCCCAAAUGUGGCACUGAUAAGAAAAUUAGUAGCAUAUGGAGCUGGAUCUUAGAUAAGCUGGGGAUGGCAGAAGUUGCUCAAAAGUCUGAUGAAUUUGAUAUGGAAUCACUAAAUUUUCCUUGGCAUUUGAUGGGAUCAGGUAGAGACUUCUUAAUUAUUAACCGCAGCUUUGAAACUCUAUGGAUUAUGGAUUUAACUUCUGGGAAGAUCAAAGAGGUUGUCAAAGGGUUUCCAAAUAUUUUGGAGAUCUGCGGGGAGAUGAUCAGGGAGAAAGGGUCAACCUUGAAACAUAUAGUUCAUAGUUGUUUGCAGCAGAAGAUAGAUCAUAAUUGUUCAUUAGAUGGACUUCAAUAUUGUAGCCUGAUGUCAUCAUUUACUGCCUUUCAGAAUAGCAUAGUAUUUUGUGACACAGUUUGUCAAAGGGUUUUGAAACUUGACAGAGGAUCUGGGAUCAUCUCAAACCUCCAAUUUUCUGACUUUGGUGUCCUUGGAUUACCAUAUUGGUUGUCUUGCCCUUUGGAACAUGUUUUUAUUCGGGCUGGUGCAAAUCAAGGAUCAACAGUUGAUCAUUUCCAGUGUUUCAGUGUGCUGCCGGGUAAGUGUGAUAUAGCUGUGAAAGUCAAUAUCCCAGAGGAUUCUAUGCUCGCAGAACCAUUGCAAGAAGGUUGUAUCUGGCGACAAGCAAGAGGAUCUGCUGCUGAAAUCUCUGUCUCCGAUAGUGUUGCGACAUCCUCAGAGAAGGUUGGUGUUGCUCAGCAGUGGUUUGAUGAGUUGGAUAACCUUGCCUUUUCAACUCCUGGUUCAGAAUUAACUGUCCAUAAUGAAAACAAAACUCAAGACAGAAACUUUGAAGAAGCAACCACUGUGCACAUUGAUUCUGCUGUCAACUUAAGUCCUGGAACUAGUGAGGUUACCAUAUAUGCAGUGUUAUAUUUGAAAUUGAACAGAACUUGGAAUGUCGAUGAGGUCCCUCAAGAGGAAAAAGCAGGAAGGAUGGUAAACAUCUUAAAGAAUGAUAGAAUUGGAAAGCAGGAAAGAGAAACAUGCAUACAAUAUUUGUUAGAAGCAAACAGAGAUCUUGGAGAAGUUGUGUUCAUAAAGCCUCUGCAUCUGAGAAUAAGGUUGGAAUGUGGUGACCAUCCAAGAACCGAUACAUCAAAAGAGACCAUAUUGACAGAUUCUAAGAUUGAGGUUAAUGUAUCUCUAAAUUAACUGUCAUGUUCCUAUUUCAGUGAUUGAUUUUUAAUUUUAAUAAUGAAAUUUUAGUGUAAUUGAUUAAAGUUAGUGUGUAAUUUUAUAUGUAAAUUACUUUUCUAAUUAUUUUUAUUAUUCAUUU